UUAAGAAGCGAGAGGCUCUUAAGUCUUAACCACUCAUGUCAACCCCAAUUGGUAAAUAGAUUGUUGUUGAGCAGGCAUAUACAGCUAAACUAAUUAGUUUACUCUUUUAAAAAAAAAACAGCUAAAGUAGUCCCUUUCUCAAAGAUGGAUAAUAUACCAUAUAAGAAACUAUUUUGAAACAGAAAUAUGUUUUUAAGGAAAAGGAAAGCAUGAAAAACAGAAAAAGAAAAAAAAGAUCAUGGUACAAAGUAGGCAACUAUAUAUAGAAGGAAUACCGUUAACCGCGGAUUCUGGCUGUCUUCCCUCCUGAAUUCUCCGUGUGGACUUUCUUUCUUUUCUUCUUCUAUCAUCUUCUAUACAAAAUUUCCUCUAAAUCCAUUUUUUUCAUUAUAUUUUUCUCCAUAUUCAAAUUCACUUUCACCAGCUUCUUUGUCGCUCGUUUCUUGCCUGCUUACUCUGUUCUGAAUUACCCUUUUCUUCACCUGGAGUUCUAAGAGGCAAAAACAUUAGGAGAUGAGAUGAACAAAUCACUAAAACGUCUAAUUGUACUAGUACUGUACAAAAUUGAUUGGAGGAAGCUGUUUUUCAUUUUGGCCCUUGUUACAAUAGUGGGAAUCGUUCUUCAAAUCAGUCUCCUUCCGUUCCCACUUUCGACAUGGCUGCACUCUCCAUUAGUUAGAGUUUCAACUACUAGGAAUUUCACUAAUCCUCUGCAAUUAAGCUUGAGACAUGGAAAAAACUGGCCACUAAACCAACUUUUGGUACCCGUUGAUCACUUAAAUUCUUCGAGUGGACUAACGAAGGGAGUACAUAGAGUUGAGGCGGAUUCUAGUCCUUUGAAAAGGAAAAGGAGAAGAAGAAAGCGAGAAGAUGAUCAGUUGCAUAUCGCGGUUUCUCCUCCCACUCCUAGAACUCCACCAACACCCUUGCAGAGAUUUGUCUGGUCCUUAUCACCUAGUGAGGCACUUUUGUAUGCUAAAAAGGAGUUGAAGAAUGCUCAGCCUAUUGCCAAUGAUUCUGAUCUAUAUGCCCCUAUCUUUAAGAAUGUCUCUAAAUUUAAAAGGAGUUAUGAACUAAUGGAGCUUAUACUCAAAGUAUAUGUGUAUCCAGAUGGACGUCCACCGAUAUUUCAUAGCCCACACCUUAGUGGAAUUUAUGCAUCUGAGGGAUGGUUUAUGAAGUUAUUAGAAGGGAACAGACAGUUUGUUACCAGAGACCCUGAAAAGGCCCAUUUGUUCUAUCUGCCAUACAGUGCACGUCAGCUCCAGCAAGCUCUAUAUGUACAAGGAUCACAUAAUUUGGCUCCUCUCUCGCUAUUCUUAAGAGAUUAUGUUAACUCGCUGUCUGCUAAGUAUCCUUUCUGGAACCGCACUCAUGGAGCAGAUCACUUUCUAGUAGCUUGUCAUGAUUGGGGUCCUUACACAUUAAAGGCACAUGAGGAGCUAGUGAAGAACACUAUAAAAGCUGUUUGUAAUGCUGAUUUAUCUGAAGGAAUCUUCAAAGCUGGAAAAGAUGUCUCUCUCCCAGAAACCACCAUAAGAAGACCCAAGAAACCUCUUCGAAACAUUGGUGGUGGGAUGAGGGUAUCACGACGCCCCAUCCUAGCAUUCUUUGCUGGAAGCAUGCAUGGACGAGUUCGCCCUUUACUUCUCAAGCAUUGGCGUAACAAAGAUGAAUAUAUGCGGAUUUAUGGACCCUUGCCUCGUAGUGUGUCUAGGCAAAUGUCAUACAUUCAGCAUAUGAAAUCUAGCAAGUUCUGCAUUUGUCCAAUGGGGUAUGAAGUUAACAGCCCAAGGAUUGUCGAGGCUAUAUAUUACGAAUGCAUUCCCGUGAUUAUUGCAGACAAUUUUACCCCUCCAUUUGAUGAUGUGCUUGAUUGGAGUGCAUUUUCUGUGACAGUGGCUGAGAAGGAUAUUCCCAAAUUAAAAGAAAUUCUUGAUGCUAUCCCUCUCAGACAGUAUUUAAAAAUGCUGGAGAAUCUGAAAAUGCUUCAGAGACAUUUUCUGUGGAAUUUCAGGCCGAUUAAGUAUGAUCUAUUCCAUAUGAUCUUGCAUUCAAUAUGGCUUAGCAGACUAAAUCAGAUUUAGUUCCAGAUUAGCAGAAGUGUUUGGGUUUUCCUGACGGAAUUUGGCCAUGAUCUGAUAUGCUAGCUGAUAUCUGGUGACUUUGUUUCGAGUGAUAAAUGCUAGAUCUCUAUCGUAUAGUGCGUAUGGAGACUGGAGAGCUCAAAAUAUUUCAAUUUUACUAUGCUGCAAUGAUCAAAGAGUGUUCUCUUCAGGUUUUCCUAAUUUACAUCCGGAUGUGCAAAUAAUGCAAUGUCUCAGUGGCAUUCUUUGCAAGUUUGGAGAAACUGACACAUGUUUCGGAUAGUUUUUACAAAAAUAGGGGUUUGAGAUUUCGGGAAGUUAUCUGCACAGAAAUUACAGAAGUUGCAUAUAUCUCGGAUAUAAUUUUAUUAGGAGUUUCUUAUGUUCUCUUAUGCAUUUACUUGAAACUGCGUAACCAGAGAGAGCAAGCAGCUUCUGCACAGUUGAUUGUGCAGGAAAAUUUAUCAGAAGAAUUUGUGUCUCAUCAUUUGGGAGUUAGAGAAUAAAGAGAUGGUCUGACGGACAAAGCUUUCAAUCAAGAUUAUACUGUAUCAUAGAUUCAUAGUAUUAUGAAGACCAGGACAGGACAAGAGAUAAGUAGAUUUCAGAUGAAAAGAACAUAGCUCGAGCUCAAAUAAGUGUCGCUCAGGUCAAAAGAACAUAAAGUAACGCGAUUUGUGAGUCCAAAUCUAUGGCCUCACAUCCCCUUUGGUUUCAGCUGGAAUUUGGUGAGUUGGCUUCAUUCGAAGUGUGUACUUGUAGCUUUUGAAACUAUAUUUUCUGAUACUUUACAGUAGCAUUUGUUAUGGAUCAAACUAAAGCAAAAAGAAAAGUUGAGGUUCCAUUUGAGUUGCUUAAAGAAUUUCUACUAAAUUGUAGCAACAACGUUCAGAAUAUAUCCAUAACAUCUACAUCCUUUUUUUGAAUAGGAACUACACUUACAUUUAAUUGUAAGCCUGUAAGUACUUUAUUUACAUCUCUCCUACUGUACUAGGAAAAAGUGUGUUAUUGAUGAGUGUAUUUGUUUUUA